AUGUUUACCUUACUGCGGGUGGUUUCUUGGGUUAGACGAAGAGAUUGGCAUAUAUUAACAUCGGGAAUGUUUACAUACACGAACGAUGAAAGGUUUCAAGUUGCUCAUACGGACGGUGGCGACGACUGGAAUCUCCAGAUAAAAUACGUUCAAAAAAGAGACAAUGGUACCUACGAAUGUCAGGUAAUAUAA